ACAACUACUUUUCUAACCUGCACAAGUCGAUAGCCAAUUCCGAGGGCGAAGAUGUCGAAAAUAAAGUAUAUCGGGAGGACCACUGAUUUCAAGGGGAAGACACUAUGGGAAAUUGUUGGAAAUUUAAAGGACUUCGGCGUGGGCAGAGUUAUCGCGCGUAGCAUGUUCGAACGCUACCCAGAACCCUGUUUCAUGAGAAUUCUCAAAGUACAGGCACUUCCCAAUGAGGACCCUAGGAAAGUGCGCGUUACCGUCGAGAAAACAUUCCGUGGACGGACGCUCCCCCGACCGACUGAAAUCUGCAGCACCUCAUACAAAGCUGACUACAAACUCAUACCGAAGUCAGAGGAGGAACAAUAUUGCAAGAUCACGUCCGCCAUGCAAGAAAGAAUCCUCCCAUCCACCAUAGAUUUUCCCCCGCUACUAAAGGAGUUUAUCGUCGAAGAAACCGGGAAUCAGAACCCGGUUUUGAACAUUCACUUCAAGGAGAGGCUGAACAAAUACUGUCGCAUAGCAAAGGAAGGCGAGACGCCCAACGUGAAAGUUACGAUGGGGCUUGGAACGCCCGCUAGCCCAAAAUUGUAUGAGAAUGUAAAGUUGUAGAAUCUAAGAAGUCGCUUAAAGAAAAAUAGAGAUUUAGAAGUAAAA